AGGGACUCUGGUCUGCUCAAUCAGUGGCAAAUCAGUGGAUAAAAAAUCGAAUAUGCCUCGAGCAACAUCAGAACGCUUUUCAAGAGCCCACCAAGCACCAAUAAAAGCCAAGCCUACCAACAACUCUGGAGAGUCAUCUUCUGCAGUUCGAAACCCGAUCUUCAAUACUGAAAGAUUCGGUCAGCACAUUCUCAAAAACCCGCUCGUUGCUCAAGGCAUUGUAGAUAAGGCCAACCUACGGCCAACAGACAAAGUCCUCGAGGUCGGUCCAGGUACUGGAAACCUUACAGUUCGUAUCCUUGAAAAGGCAAAACAUGUCACUGCAGUGGAGAUGGAUCCUCGGAUGGCAGCAGAGUUGACGAAGCGUGUUCAGGGAAAGCCUGAGCAACGAAAACUUGAUAUCAUUAUCGGCGACUUUGUCAAGGCCGAUCUUCCUUAUUUUGAUGUCUGUAUCUCCAAUACACCCUACCAAAUAUCAUCUCCUCUCGUCUUUCGACUCCUCUCUCACCGCCCCCUCUGCCGGGUAGCAAUUCUGAUGUUCCAGCGAGAGUUCGCAUUGCGAUUAGUCGCACGGCCUGGAACGGAACUAUGGUCACGUUUGUCGGCCAAUGUUCAACUGUAUUCUAAAGUAGAUCAUAUCAUGAAAGUGGGGAAGAACAAUUUCCGGCCUGCUCCCAAGGUGGAGUCCUCGGUCGUCCGUAUCGCGCCUCUCGAUCCUCCGCCACCUGUAAAAUUUGAAGAGUUUGAUGGCUUGAACAGAAUUAUAUUCAGUCGGCGAAACAAGACCAUUCAUGCCAGCUUCAUGGCAAAAGGUGUGAUAGAUAUGAUGGAGAGCAAUUGGCGCACAUGGUGCUCGGAACAGAACCAGAUGAUUGAAGACGAUGUCGAUAUGAAGUCAAAUGUAGAGAAGGUGCUAAAUGAAACCGGUUUUUCGGAGAGCCGUGCAGCUAAAAUGGAUGUUGACGACCUACUAAAACUGUUAUCCGCUUUUCACGAUGCUGGAAUUCACUUCGCAUGACUCAUUGAAUGCUAUCUCUAUCUCUAUCUUCUUUGCUUUAAUUAUAUCCGAUUGUUUUCUCGAGCUUGCCCCCUGCUGUCGAGAUAAAGGUUGCCUACCAAAACUAUACAACUUUUGUUCUCCGCUUUCGCCAU